AUGGCAUCAGGAGGCCAUGGGAUGAGGGGUAGAGGGGAACCCCUCCACGCACCCCACCUCUCUGACAUCUACGCCAACAGUGCUAUCCAGCAACAGGACUAUUCUGCAACCAUCUGGCUUCGCAGCAAAGAGAAGCUGGAACAUUCUCAGCAGAAGUGCAUCGCCAUCUUUGCUCUGCUGUGCUGCUUCGCUGUGCUGGUGGCUCUCACCUUCUCCGCUGUAGACGUCUGGGGGGAGGACGAGGACGGAAUCACAGAAGAGAACUGUAACAGACACUGUCGCAUUGUCCUUGUGGAGAACAUUCCGGAGGACCUCCCCCUUUCCGUAGAUGGUACAACCCACGUGCCCCUCUCCACAGGCCUCAACAGCCUGUUGGACCAGGCCAAGCACUCAGUGGAGGUGGUAUCUCCCGUCUGGAACCUCAACUCUACAUAUCCUUUUAUGUCUCAGGGCCAGCUUCUGUUCCAGAGACUGCUCAACCUCAAGACUCGGGAGGUUAAAUUGAAGAUUGCCAGCAGUCUCACAGACUCUGCUGAACUGCAGAAACUAACAGAGCAUGGUGCCGAGGUUCGCUUUGUGAAUAUGUCAGCUCUGACCAGAGGCGGACUGCACUCCAAUUUCUGGGUUGUUGAUAGGAAGCACGUGUUCAUUGGCAGUGCCAGCAUGGACUGGAGAUCACUGUCCAAGAGGAAGGAGUUGGGGGUGAUGGUUUAUAACUGCAGCUGUCUGGCUAUAGACCUCCAUAGGGUCUUCUCCUUUUACUGGCAGCUCCAGUACAGAGACUACAUCCCUUCUAUCUGGUCCAAGAGAGUCACGGCCCUCUACGGCAAGGACAGCCCCGUAACGCUGUACCUCAAUGAUACAGAGGUUACCGCUUAUGUGUCGACCUCUCCUGACCUCUUCUGUCCUAAGGAUCGGGCCAAGGACAUAGAUGUCAUACAGCAUGUGAUGCAGGACGCCAAGUUGUUCAUCUACAUCUCUGUCACAGACUACCUUCCCCUACUCAUCAGAAGGUCUGGAGGGUCUUUAGUUUCAAGAUACUGGUCUCCUAUCGAUGAGAUGAUACGUGAGGCUGUGGUCCUGAGAGGGGUCAAAGUUCGUAUGCUCAUUAGUUUCUGGAAGCAGACCCACCCGCUCACCUUUAACUUCAUUAUGUCCCUCAAGUCACUGUGCAUGGAGCUGGCCAACUGCUCCCUAGAAGUGAAGUUUUUUAGCAGGAGGGAGCAGAUGGCCAAUAGUCAACCAGGAAUCAACCACAAUAAGUACAUGGUGACCGACAGUGCUGUGUACAUAGGUAAUCACGACUGGGUGGGGAGUGAGUUUGCCUAUAACGCUGGGACCGGACUCGUCAUCAAACCAACACAAACUCUCAAGGAGAGGGGCGCCACAAUCCUGGAACAGGUGAAGGCUGUAUUCGAGAGAGACUGGCAUUCGCGCUACGCUAAAACCCUACAGGCCAGUAAUAGGACUCCAGAGGGUAGCAAAUACAGGAACCUCCACAACAACCAGAGGUCAAGAGUCUGA